AGUGUAUCUAGUACUACUACUCUCACUUCAAAGUAUUAAAAAAAAAAAAAGAAGAAAAUUUGGUGAAUAUUUUCGGCGAGUUCUCGCCGGGAAGUCUUACCGGCGAUCUCUCCGGAAAAGGAGUUUUGGACGGUCAACUAAGCUUGGUUUUUUUAUUGAGUGGAGGCGAGUUUGAUUGCAAGUGAGUGACUCACUGACUAAUUAAGUUGAAAGAUUGGCGAGAAAUGUCUUUCCAGCACAAAAGUUUUUGGAUGCCAAGAGAUGGUGGGUGUCUAACUAAUGGAGAGAUGGGUUACGAUAAUUCUUCAAGAAUUGAACCAAAGCGUGGUCAUCAGUGGUUUAUGGAUGCUGCUGCACCAGAAUUGUUCAGCAACAAGAAGCAAGCAAUAGAAUCAGUUAACAGCCGGCCAGUUUCGGGAAUUGCGGACAUCAAUGUUUCUCCUUGGCACAAUGCUUCCAGUUUUCAGUCAGUUUCUAGCCAAUUGAGUGACCGCCUAUUUGGAUCUGAGCCCUUGCGAACUGUCAACUUGGUUGACAGGAACAUGUCUUCAGUUGAAAGUGGAAAUAUGAAUAUGGGAAGAAAGGAUUUUGAUGAUCAAUAUGUUAAUGGUUCAUCUGCGGGUUUGUCUAUGUCUCAUACCAUUGAAGAUCCGUCUUCAUGUUUCAGUUUUGGUGGAAUAAGGAAAGUUAAAGUCAAUCAAGUUAGAGAUUCCAGCAAUGGCAUGCCAGCGUCAAUGGGGCACGCAUAUAGUAGAGGAGUUAAUAGCACAGUUUCAAUGUGUACUGUUUACAGUAAAAGUGAUAACAAUGCUAUAUCGCUGGGCCCAACUUAUGGUAGCGGAGAUGAUAAUACCAUCUCAAUGGGCCCCACAUUUACUAAGGCAGAUGGCAAUUUCAUUUCAAUGGGCCACACCUUCAACAAAAGAGAUGGCGACUUCAUAUCUGUGGGCCACAAUUACAAGGGAAAUGAGAGUAUCUUGUCGGUUGGUCAGGCUUUUGACAAGGAGGAUGGCAAUUUUAUUUCAAUGGGUCAGUCGUAUGAGAAGGGGGAUGCCAAUUUAAUGCCAUUGAGUUCCUCCUAUGGUAAGGGGCAGGAAAAUUUCAUUUCGAUGGCCCCUGCAUAUGGUAAACCAAAUGAGAGUCUGAUUUCAAUGGCACCCACUUUUGAUAAGGAAGAAGAUACUAUCAUACCAAUGGGAUCAUCCUAUCAUAAGGCAGAUUGUAACAUCACAGCCAUGGCUCCUGCUCAAGACAAAAGAGAGUCCAGCAUUCUAUCUAUGGGUCAAAACUACAAGAAGGGCGAGGGCAACACCAUCUCUUUUGGGGGCUUCCAUGAUGAAUCUGAGACAAAUCCCUCUGGUGGUAUUAUUAGUGGUUAUGACUUAUUAAUGAAUAAUCAGAAUUUGGCACAAGCUUCAGAAGUGCUUAGCCAGAAAGAGUUGGUGGAGGUGAAUCCAAAUUCAAAUGUAAAUAAUGCCCCUAAACAUAAUUCUAGAACUGAUACCAACCCAAAACAUAAAGAACCAAAGACAACUAAAAAGGUUCCUCCAAACAAUUUCCCUUCCAAUGUCAAAAGUUUGUUAUCAACUGGUAUGCUUGAUGGGGUUGCUGUGAAGUAUGUUUCCUGGUCGCGGGAGAAAAGUCUUAAAGGAUAUAUACAAGGGACUGGGUAUAUGUGUGGCUGCAAGGACUGCAAGUUUGAAAAAGCUCUGAAUGCAUAUGAGUUUGAGCGCCAUGCUAAUUGCAAGACCAAACACCCCAAUAAUCAUAUUUACUUUGAGAAUGGAAAGACCAUCUAUGCAGUUGUUCAAGAGCUCAAGAACACUCCGCAGGAGCUGCUUUUUGAUGUCAUUCAAAAUGUGACAGGUUCUCAAAUCAAUCAGAAGAACUUUCGCAUCUGGAAAGCAUCAUAUCAAGCUGCCACCCGUGAACUUCAGCGUAUCUAUGGAAAGGAUGACGUUGUUGUGUCAUCUUGAGAUGAAGACUCUGCCUUUCGAAGCUUGUGAGGUGGGUCAGAUCUGUGCAUAGCAGCAUGUAGCUUGUACUAAAUUAUAGACUUGUUUUGGGAUUUGAAUAAUUUGAGUAGAUGGAUGCUAAUAGAUAUUUUGGCUUUCCAUAUUGUUAUAAAUGAGACCUUUCUUUAUUUGAUAGUCA